AUGCUAGUGGAUUCGCAGAUAGUGCUGCCUGUUUCGACGACGAAGCCGCUCACACCGGCGGCUUUUAAAGCCAUACUCAGAGGGCUUCCAUCAAUUCACGCCGACUCGGAUUCCUACACAAGAGGCGAGGUGCUGGGCUUGACGCGAAAGCUUAUUGUCCGUCUGAAAGGUGGAAUCUUGAAGCGUGAUUCUACAAAGGUUCCUGGGAAACAGGUUUCCGACCUGGCCAAAACUGAUGAAGAGACAAAGUCCUUCCUCAGGGCAUAUAUUCACUUCUUGGCAGGAGACCUUUGUGUCACGGCGUCGUACGCGCGUCACAUCACAGCAUUGAAAGCACUGAGGUUAUUGAUCGAGUCUGGGCUUGACUCUCGGACUGACAUCAAACCGGUGAAAUCAGAACUUGAAAACCGCUGGAAAGUUCAUAUGGAUAUUUUCCACCCUGGUUUGCUCCGGCUUCUCCUAGACCUGAUCCUUGAUCCCUUCGACGAGGUGCGAGCAACAUCGUCCUCGAUAGUAAACCAAUGCCCUCAGCAUAUUUUGAUGUGUGGUCUUCUUAACACAGCCAACGAACAACCUGGUGCAAGUGUGAAACUGACGGAUGCUAUUUCUCGUGCUGAGAGUAUUGCCAGCAACACAAGUCGGGCUGACAAUGCCGACACGGUUGCUCGUCUGUAUCAUGUUAUCUUCUGUGCCGCUUCAAGGAGUGGUUCUGCUGGUUCAAGUUGGUGGGCCACUAAAGUGUCAGUUGUUGACACUAUUCUGCAAAGACUGGAAGAUCGACUAUCAUCUCCGAAGGGAAUUUUCACUUCCUCCAUGCGGGAGGCACCACUUCAUGGCUACAUGUCUGGACUGAGAUAUAUCGUUCUGAUGCCCAACUUCCAGGCCUUGGUAUCAGCUGGAAAUGAUUCUCAUGUUUGGAGAUCUCUACACGAUCGAAUUAUUGCUAUAUGCGACAAGAUAUGGCUGGAAGUCAAGCCGGUGUUGUGCAUUGACUCACCCGAAGGCCACACCGAUGAGCCCAUCGAAGAUCUCUCAGUGGGACCCAAGGAUAUCCUUUCAUAUUCCUGGAGAGCACUCCGCGAGUCUAGUAUGUUGCUUCAUGCUACGAUGAUCAAUCAGACAUACGGACCACCAGGGGGUGAUGGACUACAACGAGCGGAUUUUGAGAAAGUGGGCCGCGCAAGCUUCACACAACUCGCUGAGCUUCGUCAUCGGGGUGCCUUCUCGACCGUUUCACAGACGUUCGCCACAUGCUGUGAAAGAUGCAGCAAAUCCGAUAAUCUCUCAAUCCGGGAACUUCCUCGGCUAUGGUACCAGGAAGCUAAAGCAACCAUAUUUGUAUCGGCCUCGAAGCUCACACGCCGCUCUGCUGGUCUGCCAGCACUGGUUACCGGUAUACUGUGCUCUGAUCCAGCAACGACAUUCUUCAAGGAAGCCAUGGAGGAGCUCCACGAUAUCUCUCGUCUUCCUGUGGAGUACGACAAAGACCAGCAGUAUUUGGAGUUGCCUCAAGUUCACGCAAUGAACUGCCUGAAAGACAUCUUCACGAGCACCAAGCUUGGACAAUAUUCUGAACCGUUCAUCAUGUCAGCUCUUACUCUGUCUGCGGAGCGGCUGGGAUCACCAAUGUAA